AUGUAUAACACCUUAUUCGUAGAGCAGAACAGGAAAUGCACAGUCCGCUCAGCAAUACUGUUGUUCGAUGACAAUAAUACAUUGCGGGCGUGUGAGAUGGAUAAUGAAGGGCCUAGUAAUUGUCCCUUACCUUGCUCAAGCAAUGCUGUUCAAUCGGGAGCUGUUCCGGCUCCGAUAAGGAAGCGUCGAUUUAGUAGUGCAAAAAUUCAACCGACUCGAGUCAAAAAAGUAAUGCAAAGUGACGAGGAAAUUGGGCGAAUGGUUGCGUCAGUUCCGGUUGCAAUCGGUCGGGCCAUGGAACAUUUUGCAGAAAAGCUCCUUGAAGCAGCAGCUUUGUGUGUUCACUGUUCUACUUCUAGGACACUUUCUCCCUCACACAUGAAACAAGCGAUGCUACAAUACCGGCACUUCGCGUUUCUUGAACCCUUAAUGAGGGAGAUACAGCUGCCUGCACGUUCCGCUGGUGAAGUGAUUUGGCAUCCAGAUCAGUUUCAGCAAGCUCAUUUUCAGCAGAUGCAGCUUCAACAGACACAAUUUCAACCAGCCCAAGUCAGCACUCCCCCGCUUUCACUUAUAGUACCAGGUCCUUCUGAUUAUGCAGAAUUUCUUGGGAUGCAAAUACCUCCUGUCCCUUCAAUCCCGCGUCAGUUAAAUGCGCCCAUAGUGAAUCAAUCGACUAGUUUGCUUGGCCAAAAGAGGAAACAGAGUAACGGGAACAUGGAUCCUUCCGCAGAUGGAAGACCGAAACGCGGUCGACCAAGGAAGAUAAGAAGGGAAGAUAAAUGUAUCGAUGAAGAAAAAAUCUUGGGUGAUAGCAAAAAAGGCGAAAGUUCGCAAGUUGAGGGGAAAACUGCAAACGGCUUCCCUCUCUCUGAUAGUGAAUUAAUGCCGCCACCUACAAUGCUACCCUUGAGGAUCAAGCGGAUGACUCAUGCUUCGAAUGCAAGUACACAACAGUUCCAGUGGUCAUCUGGCUUGCCAGCGCUACCUCAAAAAUCAGAUGCUCCUGAAAAACCGUUGCCGACUGCUGGGAAUUCAGCCUGUUGA